AUGGACUCCGACGUCGAAAUGGAGCUCGACGUCUCGACGCCAUCGUCUUCCACCACUGAUCUCACAAUACCGCCUCUUAGUUUUUCCCCAUCUCACAAAUCUCGUCGUAUCGAUCUUCCUCCUGAAAUCAUCCUCGAAAUUCUCUCCCUUUGCGCCUGGGAAGACCAAGAUGUCUUCCGGCAAGUCUCCGACCUAUGGGAAUCUUACAUUUCAAAAUCGCUUCGCCGCACGCGAUUCUCAUACCCUGAUCCGUUAAUUCCUCUCCCGGUUUCCUUAUCUAAAUCUACGAGAUAUACCUGCGGGACGCAUAAACUCCUUCGCUCGCUCACAAUGUCAUAUCUUUGGACACGCCCUACCGAUGAAUUAAGGCUCGAUAAGCGUUCCGACGGAACCUGGUGGCCCGAAGGAAGUGUCACUGAGGAUUGGCUCUCGAAAACUUUCUUUUGGACGGAAAGCUGCACUGACCCACCGAUGAAAGGGGUCAAGAUUCGAUUAAAGGGAUGUUAUUGGAACAACCAAGAGGGUGAUUUGGUACUCCAGAUGACGUGUUUUGCGGGGAAAGGUGAUGCGGUUAGUGCAGCGGAUGUCUGUUCAAGGAUUAAGAGGCUAUUUACCGCAAGUCCUUAUCGAAAUGUACUGGUUUACGAUGUAGAAUUGAAGAUGGGAGAGGAUGGCAUAGCCUACUUGGGUGGAAAGGCAGUGUUGACGAAGAAGUCUUGA